CUACGUGACGUACCAGGCACUCAGCUGGCCGUGUUUUGUUGACACUCUGGCCAUGUAAGUGUCAACAACACGCAUUUCAACACGACAUUUCUCGGAAAGGAUAAAAACAAAUAAUUUGGAGGAGAUUUCUAUUUGGGUCGAUAGACCGUUUUCUCUUCCAAUCGAAAUAUAUAUUUAAUAUAGUUGUAUUGUCCAAGUAAACUCUAUAAUCGUGUCACAGAACAGUGACCACGAACAGCAGAUAGGAUGAUCGAACCUGUCCCAGCUUGCCGUUCGGGGGACGAGGGUGGUAUAUCGGACUUGGAGCAAGACUGCAAAGGGCUGUCCGAUGAACCCACUGGAGGACAAGGAGUUGUGUGCGCCUCCUUCAAUCAGGACUCCACGUCUUUGGCUAUUGGCACCAAAGAUGGAUAUCGACUCUUCUCUUUGGCAUCUGUGGACAAAUUGAAUUGCAUUCAUGAAGGUGCCGAGAGCCCAGACGUGUACAUCGUGGAGCGUCUCUUCUCCAGUAGUCUGGUGGUGGUGGUCAGCCGCUCGAUGCCGCGUCGCAUGAACAUCUACCACUUCAAGAAGGGCACAGAGAUCUGCAACUACAGCUACUCCAGCGACAUCCUGGCCGUCAAACUUAACCGGCAGAGACUGGUGGUCUGCCUGGAAGAGUCCAUCUAUAUUCACAACAUCAAGGACAUGAAGCUCCUGAAAUCUCUGCUCAACACACCAGCAAACCGUACCGGUCUAUGUGCACUGUCUGUAAACCAUUCCAAUUCUUACCUGGCCUACCCUGGGAGUACCAGUAUUGGGGAGAUUGUUGUGUAUGACACCAACAGCCUGAGUAACACGAUUGAGAUCCCUGCUCACGACAGCCCACUGGCUGCUAUGUCUUUCAACAUCCAGGGCAACAUGCUGGCCAGCGCUUCCGAGAAGGGCACAGUCAUCCGUGUCUUCAGUGUUCCUGAUGGCUUGAAGCUGUUUGAGUUUCGAAGGGGAAUGAAGAGGUAUGUGAGCAUCAGCUCCCUGUCCUUCAGCGCUGAUGGCCAGUUCCUAUGUGCGUCCAGCAACACAGAGACCGUGCACAUCUUUAAACUGGAGCAUCACAGCACCAGUGUGGAUGACGACUCGUCUACCUGGACUGCGUACGUGGGGAUGGUGUUCUCUGCCGCUAGUACUUACCUGCCCGCUCAGGUGUCCGACAUGAUGCAUCAGGACCGGGCUUUCGCCACCGUCCGUCUCAACAUGUUCGGCCUGAGGAACGUCUGCACCCUGGCCAUCAUCCAGAAGCUUCCCCGGCUGUUGGUGGCCUCCUCAGAUGGCUACCUCUACAUGUACAACGUUGACCCUCAGGAUGGCGGGGAGUGUGUACUGGUAAACAAACACAGGCUGUUCAGCGGCGAGGAGGAGCUACCACCGCUGCUGGCGGAGGAGCCCAUGGGGGGCGUCGGGGGUCAGACGUACGCUGCCACGCUCGCCACCCCCGUCUGCGUGGAGCACACCGUCUCCGCUGGACUCACAGGUUACUCGGAAGAUGGAGGAGCCAAAAAGGGUGAGGUCAUCCCCGAGCACGAGUUGGCUGCUGGGUCCAUCCGUCUGGAUGAUGAGCAGGAGUUCCCACCAGUCAGCUCCCUGAGCAAUUAACCAACCCCCGGGCCAAUCAACCAAUCACAUCGCUGUCUCGGGCAGGGGGUCUCGGGUCAGGGAUGGUACAGAAGUUGUGUUGGCGUAUUUGUCUUGUCAAUGAGAAUGUUUGAUUGCCGUUGACAGACCACUACCUUGUAGCUAAUCUCAUGCAGUAUUACCGAGCGACCAUUACCAUGUGGUAGGACACAGAGUUAACUGUAGUCCAUAGAUAAAUAUAGCCAAAAUGUCAACUAAAACUACAUCUAGCAUGGUGACAUUGACAAAGAAAUCCUUUGUAGUUUGAAAUUUCAGUUUUGGUAUGCACUAUUUAUGAUACAUUAUUUAUGACAAACCAUUAUAGGAAAACUAUUGCCCUUUGAAAAAAGAUCCUCAAUGUUUUGGUUUUUCGUGAACAGUGGUUAGGUCAGGUUUGCAUGUCAGAAAUGCCUCAAGCUCAAUUGAUUCCUCAUUUUAGGGAGAGAGCAAGAGCAUCCUUUUUUUUUUAUUACUGGUCUCCGAUAUUGAGCAUUGGUAAUAUGAUGUAAGGAGACAUGUUGAGUUAUCACUACUAAAACAAAUUGCUGCCAAAUAGUGAGCCAUUUUUAAAGUGCUUACAUAUUCACAAAAGGGUAAAUAAGCAAGCAUCCCCAUCCCCUAGUCUCAUACCUAUAUCUGUAAGAGUAAUUUACUUCAGGGGCAAUUCCAUGGAAAAUUACAUUUUUUGUAACAUCCAUAACGCCAAUAAAAUGUGAUGGUAUGGUAUGAUGUGAAUGAUUACAUGAAAUUUGAGCAUAUGCUAUUUUUGGCUGAAGAAUGUAAAUUAAAAAAAUGCACAAAAAAUGAAUGUUAUCAUUCACAUCAUACAAAUGCCAAGGCAUUUCACUGCGUUAUGGAUGUGACAAAAAGUCAAUUUUCCGUGGAAUUGCCCUCAGCUUGAAUCCAUAGUAUCACACAUAGACUUCAAGAGUGAUUUUGAAAUGUUACAUUGAACAAUGCAUUUGUUUUUGUCUGCCCUCGAUGAGGGAGAGAGCGGAAUCUUCAGGCAUUGUACACUAAAUGUAAAGUAACAAAACAACUAAAUGUAAGUUCUGGUGUGAUUUAGUUACAACUCUACAACCAACACAGCUUUCCAAACCUAUUACUGUUCAAGAAUUUAUGGAAAGCAUCUGUCAUAAUGAAUCUAAUUGAAGAAGCACUACAUUGAUAAUUCUCUGUCACAAGGGAGUGAAGAAUAUUGAUGCUGGCUUGACUUUAUAUUUGAGUGUGUGUGUGUGUGUGUGUGUGUGUGUGUGUGUGUGUGUGUGUGUGUGUGUGUGUGUGUGUGUGUGUGUGUGUGUGUGUGUGUGGGUGUGUGUUUGUUGAUAAUGCAUGCUUCUUAGUCUCCGCUAAGGGACAAUUUUUUUUUUUUGGAAAAUGAAGUUAAAUCUUGAAGAUCAACAUUAUAUGUACAGCAACUGGACCAGUAUGUAGAGUAGGCAGUGCAAUGUCAACCUCAACUUUAUCACGGAGAAUUUACAUGACAAGAAACACAUUGUAGUGGUGUACCUGUGAACAUUUACUCAUAUUUCAAGUCUGUUGUAGUUUCAAGUGAGCAAGACCAAAAGAAAGAAAACACGUGAAGAUCCUGCUCAGUUUGUUCUCCUGCAACAUGAUUUUAAAUGCUGCACACAACUAACACAUAAUGUGAAAUGUGUCUGAUAAUGCCCAAGGUAUUUUCAUACUGUAGACUCUGGAUAUGACUAAAUAUCUGUGGUACAUUUGUCUCCAUGUAGCAACCAUAGUAAUGUGGAACAUUAUACUUGGUCAGAGAAUUUGUGUACAUUUGUGUAUGUAGAUUCUGCCAUACGCAGUGUCGUAUAGAGACCACUAGGGUGCGCUACAGUUUCAGUUACAAAUCAUAGGGCUCAUCCUGCUUUUCUAGAAAUAUCAUAACAUGAGCAGCUAGUCUUCUGUUAACCUGCUUUUUGAGACCAUUUUGACCAGCUGUCUAACAUGUCAGCAAUACCAUGUAGGAAUAAUUAUGUAGGCAUAAGGAAACAGGUGAGGAUAUGAUAGAUGUCAUGUUGACUUUCUGUGAUGUGCAAUCAUUGCAGAGUAACACUAAAAUGCUAUUGAAUUGGAGACAGCACCAGGAAGUGUUGGUGGUAUCCAAUACCAAUGUCAUAGUUCUUCAUAUGGAAUCGAUAAUACCAAAUUGUACUUCAUCUUUUCCUCUUUUUAAGCAAUUUUUGUUCUCUUCAUGUUAAUUGUACUGUCCAUGUAUGUUUUUGUAUGUGCCUAUUUGAAAUAUUUUGUGUGUGAAUGAGUACAUGUAUGUUUGCAGGAGGGCAGAACAGUACAAGAAUAAACAUAACUUUGCAUUAA